CUGACCCACGGGUACAUGUCGGACGUCAAGCGCAUCUCGGCCACCUCCAUCUUCUUCGAGUCCAUGCCCUAUAAACUCAACCCGGCCACGGGGUUGAUCGACUACGAGCAGCUGGAGGUGACGGCCCGGCUCUUCCGCCCCCGCCUCAUCAUCGCAGGCACCAGCGCCUACGCCCGCCUCAUCGACUACGCCCGCAUGAAGAAGGUGUGCGAGGAGGUCCGGGCCUACCUGCUGGCCGACAUGGCACACAUCAGCGGGCUGGUGGCUGCCAAGGUGGUGCCCUCGCCCUUCGAGCACGCCGACCUGGUGACCAGCACCACGCACAAGACCCUGCGCGGGGCCCGGUCCGGGUUGAUCUUCUACCGCAAAGGGCUGCGCUCGGUGGAUAAGAAGACGGGCAAGGAGACCCCCUACAACCUGGAGGAGCCGAUCAACUUCGCCGUCUUCCCCUCGCUGCAGGGCGGGCCCCACAACCAUGCCAUCGCCGCCGUGGCCGUGGCCCUGAAGCAGGCCAGCUCCCCCGCCUUCCGGGAGUACUGCCAGCAGGUGCUGAAGAACGCCAGGGCCAUGGCGGAGGCGCUGCUACAGAGGGGUUACACCCUGGUGUCAGGCGGCACCGAUAACCACCUGGUGCUGGUGGACCUGCGGCCGAAGGGCAUCGACGGGGCCCGGGCCGAGCGGGUGCUGGAGCUGGUGUCCAUCACGGCCAACAAGAACACCUGCCCAGGGGACAAGAGCGCCCUGACGCCGGGGGGCCUGCGGCUGGGGGCCCCGGCGCUGACGUCCCGCCGGUUCCGGGAGGCCGAUUUCCAGAAGGUCGUGGCCUUCAUCGACGAGGGGAUCAGCAUCGGCCUGGAGGUCAAGAGCAAAACCACCAAGCUGCAAGACUUCAAAUCCUUCCUGCUGAGUGACGCGGCGACGCAGAGCCGCCUGUCCGACCUGCGCCAGCGCGUGGAGACCUUCGCCCGCUCCUUCCCCAUGCCCGGCUUCCAGGAGCGCUGAGCAGCGGGGGCUGGCCCCGCCCGCGCUCCGGGGACAGAGACUGACCCUAACCCCAGGAGGGGGGCAGUGCUGGGACCCCGGGCAUCCCACCACGUGGCACGACCCCUUCGUAUCCCACUCUGCCCUGCAGCCUUCAGCCCCCCCCAGGGCUCCCCUGCCCCUGCAGCUGACUUCAGGCUGACCCGUUAUUGUAGGGUCUCCGGCUGGAACGUCCCCCAGCCCCGUGCCAGCUCCCACCCCUCCUUACCAGUCACAAUCAAGGUCGUCCCAUUGCAGGUGCCCUGCGCGUACGCCCCCCCCUUCCCCCCCGGUGCCAGCGGGGGUUGGGAAAACGCCCCCAAAGGCCUAGUUCUGGGUCCCAGGCCUCUCCCGCUAAGGACGCUCCAGCUGCUUUUCCCCUAGACAGGGUGGGUCAAAUGGGGCAGCGCGGUGGCGGGGGGGGAGGUCCUCCCUUGUCAGGGCGCCGCUGGUUUAACGGAGCGAAAAAACCUGGAACGUCGGAAAGU